AUGAAAGCAGCCGUUGUUCCAGAAGGAGAAUUAUCCAAAUUAGCGGAAGUUAAAGAUAUCCCAAAGCCAUCCAUCAAUGAUGAUCAAAUUUUGAUCAAAAGUAAAGCAUAUGCCAUUAACCCAACUGAUUGGAAACACAUUGUUUACAAAUUGAGUAAACCUGGUGAUGUCAUUGGAAGUGAUGUCAGUGGUGUUGUUGAAGAAGUUGGAUCUAAUGUUACAAACUUUAAAAAAGGUGAUGUUGUCAGUUCAUUCGUCAUGGGAAAUGUUUCCCCAGACUCAGGAGCUUUUGCAGAAUAUGUUGUUGCAUACCCUGGUGGAACUAUUAAAUAUGAUCACAGUUUAGAUAACCCGGCCAAAACUGAGGCAUCUGUAAUUGAUUCCUAUGAAGGUGCAGCAAGUAUCACUUUGGGUUUAUGUACUGUUGCACAAUCCUUUUCACAUUACUUGAAACUUGAUAAGUUUUCAAAUCCAGGUGAUUCAAUUUUAAUUUGGGGUGGUGCUACUGCUACCGGUGUUUUGGCUAUCCAAGUUGCUAAAUUGGUUUACAAGUUGAAUGUCAUUGCUACUGCUUCACCAAAGAAUCAUCAAUAUUUGAAAGAUUUGGGUGCUGAUCACGUUGUUGAUUAUAAUGAUCCUGAUGUUGUUAACAAGAUCAAAGCCAUUGGUAAAGUUAAGUUUGCUCUUGAUACUAUUUCAGAUAAAAGUACUUAUCAAACUGUUUAUGAUGCAACUGAAGGUUCUCCAGAAGUUUACUUAGAUAACUUGUUGAGCUUAAAUGCCGAUUCAAUUAAAACUGAUCCAAGCAGAGACGGUACUGUUAAAUUUGGUACUACUUUGGCUUACCUUAGUGUCAUCAAAGAAAAGGAUCUUUUUGGUAAUGUAUUCUAUCAAACUCCUGAACUUUUAGAAGAACAUACUAAAUGGUGGGAAGAGGUUGUUCCUACUAUUAUCAACAAGCUUAAACAUACUAAACUUAGAAAAGUAGAUGGUGGUUUAAGUGCUGCUGACGAAGCAUUGAAAUUGUCCAGAGAUAGUAAAGUUUCUGCUGAAAAGAUUGUUUUUGGUCUUUGA